CAAGGCCCCUCGGCCAGCGUGUAUCCCUUCGGGGCCAGGACUCAGGGCCGGGCAGCCCGCUUUCCCUCACGCAGGGACCUGCCCAGCCAUCACCUCGGCCCCACGGCCUUCCAGCCCCACUCACCCCAUCGCCAUCUCCCCGCCUCCGCCCGGCUUCUCCUCAGGGCGCGGCUUCACCCCGGGAGCCGCGCGUGCGCCGCCGCCAUGCUGCCCACCCCCUGCCCCGGUCCCUCUUCGCCUCGCGAGAGCGCGGGGUCGCCGUGAUGGCGGCGGAGGAGCCGGAGGUGGAUGUCGAGGGGGACCCGGCGGCUGUGCCCGGCGAGGGGGCUCCGGGAGAUCAUGAAAAUACAGCUUCAAGCUUGCUGCAGGACCACUAUCUUGAUUCAUCUUGGAGAACUGAUAACAGUCUUCCGUGGACAUUGGACAGCAGCAUUAGUGAAGAAAACAGGGCUGUCAUUGAGAAAAUGUUGCUGGAGGAAGAAUAUUAUUUAUCUAAUAAAUCACUUUCUGAGAAAAUAUGGCUCAAUCAAAAGGAAGCAGAGAAAAGAUCUAUGAAAAGUCCACAUAAGAAAACUGGAAAGGUCAUGGUGCGAUCACCUACAAAAUCAACUAGCUACUCAGUGAAGUGGACGUCAGAAGAAAAAGAACUGUUUGAACAAGGACUGGUGAAGUUUGGUCGCCGGUGGACAAAAAUUGCCAAGUUGAUUGGAAGUCGUACUGUUCUACAAGUAAAGAGCUAUGCUAGGCAGUACUUUAAGAACAAGGCAAAAAAUGAUGAAUCUGAAAAAGAAGAGCAAAAUCAGUGUGGUAGCAGUCUUCCUUCUGAAGAUGGGAUAAGGGUAGAAGCAUGGUCAUCUGGAAACUUGAGAGGCCGUGCAGACCCUAAUCUGAAUGCAGUGAAAAUUGAAAAGCUGUCAGAUGAUGAAGAAGUAGACAUAACCGAUGACAUGGAUGAACUAUUUCCUCCUACGUUCCAGCAAGAUGCUGGAAAACCUGAAUUAUCUGUGAUUUCAAGAAGCCCAGUUGAAGAAACGAAAGGAAUGGAACACGUUUUUCUAUCUGUUGGACAUGGUUCUGCUAUUUCUUUACCUAAAGAAGAUUCUCAGCAUACCAAACAGGACACAGCGGAUGUGUUACUAUUUCGAGGUGUCGCAGCAACAUGUUCUCAGCACAUGAACGGUGAUAAAUCUGUGAAUUUAGAUUACCAGCAAUGCAAUAAUUUUAUUGAGAAAGUUGAACAAGGUAGAACAGGAACAUCUCAUGGGUCUAGACAAGUUGCUGAUAAAGAGCGUAAUGAGGAGCAGAGAGACCUUGCUGAUAAUGGAUUGCUUUUUCAUUCUCCCUGCCAAGUGGAUGAAGAUCAUCAAGAGGAAGCAGAGGAGCUUAAGCCACCUGAUCAAGAAGUGGAGAUUGAUAGAAGCAUCAUCCUGGAAGAAGAAAAACAAGCUAUUCCUGAAUUUUUUGAAGGGCGUCAGGCUAAAACACCAGAGCGUUACUUGAAAAUUAGGAAUUAUAUUUUGGAUCAAUGGGAGAGAUGUAAACCCAAAUACCUGAACAAGACCUCUGUGCGUCCGGGCCUUAAGAACUGCGGUGAUGUUAACUGUAUUGGACGGAUCCACACAUACUUGGAAUUAAUAGGAGCAAUUAACUUCGGCUGUGAACAGGCUGUCUAUAACAGGCCCCAACCAGCUGAUAAAACACGCUCCAAAGAAGGCAAAGACACAGUGGAAGCAUACCAGCUUGCUCAGCGUUUGCAGUCCAUGCGUACAAGAAGACGGCGAGUGCGAGACCCUUGGGGAAACUGGUGUGAUGCUAAGGAUUUGGAAGGACAGACAUUUGAGCAUCUAUCUGCUGAAGAAUUAGCAAGAAGAAGAGAAGAAGAAAAACUUAAACCUGCAAAAUCUUCUAAAGGUUCAAGACAAAUAAAAAGUUCCUUUGAUCCCUUUCAGCUGAUACCAUGCUGUUUAUUCACUGAAGAAAAACAGGAACCUUUUCAGGUGAAAGUGUCUUCAGAAGCACUUUUAAUAAUGGAUUUGCACUCUCAUGUGUCUAUGGCAGAAGUAAUAGGGUUGCUAGGUGGAAGAUACUCUGAAGCUGAUAAAAUUGUAGAGGUUUGUGCAGCGGAGCCGUGCAAUAGUCUCAGCACAGGACUGCAGUGUGAGAUGGAUCCGGUAUCGCAAACACAAGCCUCAGAAACACUUGCUGCCAGAGGAUACAGUGUUAUAGGGUGGUACCAUUCCCACCCGGCGUUUGACCCCAACCCUUCUAUACGAGAUAUUGACACUCAAGCUAAAUAUCAGAGUUAUUUCUCCAGGGGUGGUGCCAUGUUCAUUGGAAUGAUUAUAAGUCCUUAUAACCGAAAUAAUCCUCUUCCAUACUCUCAAAUGACUUGUUUAGUAAUUAGCGAUGAGAUCAGUUCUGAUGGCUUCUACCGCCUGCCCUACAAAUUUGAAGUACAGCAGAUGUCGGAGGAACCUCAGUGGGAAUUAAUAUUUGAAAAAACAAGAUGGAUAAUUGAAAAAUACAAAUUCUGUCACAGCAGUGUCCCCAUGGAUAAAAUUUUUCAUAGAGAUUCUGACCUGACUUGUUUGCAGAAACUUUUGGAGUGCAUGAGGAAGACUUUAGACAAGGUAACAAACUGCUUCAUUGCUGAAGAGUUCUUGACUCAAAUAGAAAACUUAUUCCUCUCCACAUACAAGAGUGAAGAAAAGAGUAAUGCUGAAGAAAGUAAGAAUGAAUGUUCAAAUGAAUUGCCAAUGUGACGGCUUAAACAAAACAGAACUGGACUUUUCUUUUUUUCUUACUUUCCAUUUUCUUUUCCUCCUGGCCCCAAUUACGUCAACUUUCAAAAUUAUUACCAUUUUAAUAGUAACAGUCAAAGAAUCCCAUGUCUUUUUAUUGUUAUGGCUCAAAGAUACCUUGAAAAACUAAUGAGUGUGAUCUGACUACAUGAAGAACAUUUAGCAGUUCGCAAAAACCAAGUAUCACAGGGUUAGUUAAUUACCACAGUCUGCCAUUUGAGAAGGAGUUCUUGACUACUGUGAUUCAGUCUUCAUGGAGAGUGUAUCCUGUCUUCUCUCAGGUCUUUCAGUUUUGGACUUUUCUUUUUUUUUAAUUAUAUUUUAAUCUGCAGGUACGCAUCUGAUGCUCAGUGAAUUUGCUCCUUAAUGCUUUAGAAUUUCUAAGUUUGAAUGAAUUCACAGAAGAGAAAUUGACCACUUCACUUGAAUGAAAGAUUGUUAGUUCACUCAUUUUAAAUUUUCCUGGUAUCUGAAAUUUUCUUCAGUUUUGCUUUACUGUAUCAUCCGUUGUCAUCCCCCCAGUGAUCCCUGUUGUCAAGUAGCUUUUUGGCAUAUUCUUUGCCACCUUGCAUCCAUAUUUGUGGGGGAAGGGCUGGCAAGUUUUUGACUUCUCAUUACUAAUUGUGCUCAUUUCCAGUGGAAAUGGUAACACCUGUUUAUUACAGGUUACAGUCUCUGAUCUUCCAUUCUACGGGAAGAUACCUUGUUCUGUUAGAUCACUGUGAUUUGUCCACUUCUAAUUGCCACUGUUUCCUGUGGAAACGAGCUCCUCAUUGAUGGCGAGCUUAGUGCAACAAACAGAAAAGUAUUUGUCUUUUUGAAGGAGGGAAAAAAAUAAACCAAGAACAACAAAACAAAUUCCUACAACUUUUUAAUUUAGUUCUCUGCAAUGUGCAGGUCAACAAGAAAACGUACUGGUUUUAUCAGUUCUUCAAUUAUGAUCUCAUAUAAGUGUAAAUUCAGAAAUUAGUCAUAAACAGAUUGAUCUUCAUUUGAGAAUUUUUCUUGAUUGUAAUUUGCAUGAGCUCUGUGAGCAGGUUCCAUGAGCUAUAUCACUGAAUCUUCACAGAAAAAUGUGUUUUACGUUUUGUUCUCUAAAUCUCUAAGAGGAAAUGUGACUUGUAUACAGUUACUACUAUUUACAGAGAUUUAUCUUGGACAACGUUUCUUGGGUAUGUCUGAAAUAUAUUUGAAAACGUGAAGCAGGCAAGAACUUGAGUUUAUACCUAGAGGGUAUAAACUUGAGUUUAUCCUAGAGGGGAUGAAAAUAGGCUUGAUUCUUAUUUGAAAAAUAUAGAUAUAUGUAUAUGUAUCUACUUCGAUAUAUAUAAGUAGAAUUUUAAGAUUUUAUAUGUUUAAAUCUUUAACUUCGUCUUUUCAUUUGUAUAAAUAGAGUUUGAAGAGCUUUAAAAUUGUAGAGUUGCAUCCUAACGAGGGAACUCCUUUGCAGAAGUUGAAAUUAUUUUUUUAAUCAUGCCUCAUGUUAGUCUCCUGUUUCUAAAUGGAAUUGCAGAACAUGAUCAUAUUAAAAUAUGAGCACUUGAUGGUUCUCUCAAUGCAGAUUCAAGAGCUAUGGUCUUAAAAAUAUUGGUGAAUGUUCUACUUUCUGUUCUCUGUCUAUCUGCUUAUGCACAGUUUUAGGUCCCGCUUCUGUGUAUAAUUUACAAGCUUUGUGCAUCCAUCUAUUUAAGGCAUGUUGGCUCUGCCUGUGUAUAUUCUAAAGCAUCAUCUUUGAGACUUCCUAAUGAAAAAUACCGCAUGGCUUUCUGUAUUUCUCAUUUAGACUGCGCUCUUGUCGACAAAGCAUUCCAUUCCCACUUAGUUUUGGAGCGUUCUACAGUAUUAAGGUAUUCUGUUGCAGUUUUGCAUAGGGUACUGUAGAAAAAUCACACAGUAUUUAUGUACUAAAAGCUGUAAUUAGUUCCGAUUUGUAGAAAGAGAAAUUUAAACCUCAUGUGUAACAGCAGUAUGAAGUAGAUAAUGUUCUUUGUCCGUGUAUGGUAUAUUUCCAACCAUUUCAGGAUGUUACUACUGUUUGGUAACACUGACAUCCGAUGUGCCAGCUGCUUUUCUGUUUACUAAUUAAAGUGAGUUAAAGUACUGCAGUUGUAUUAAUUGGAGUUAAGUCAUGAAAAGUCAGAAAAAUCAAGUAAAACAUAUUUCUGAAGCAG